GAUCUCAGUGAAAAUUUGGGAUUGCAGGAUGAAACUCGUGAUGAACUUGGUGCCGAGUUCCACAAGAAGUUGGAUUUGAAGGAUGAGGAUGAAAGGGUAGCUGAAAAUGAGAAGAAAGAUUCGGACUUUGUAGCUGGUAGUGGAGAAUAUGGUGGUGAGGAAUUGGGUGGUGAAGGUGGUUGUGCCCCCAGAAACAGGUGAAGCACAAGGGAGUGAUAAUAAUGAUGGUUGGGAUGAUGAUGAGGGUUAUGGCUGGAAUGCGAAUGUGAAAGAAAGUGAGGUUGCUAAGGUAAGUGGAGAUUUUGAUGUUGAUGGUGAUGGUAAUGGUGAUGAUGAAGUUGAAGUUGAAGGUGAUGAAGAAGUGGAGAAGAAGAAAGAUAGAAGCAGUGGUAGAGUUCAACAGCAAUAUCCACUGAGGCCUGAUGCUGAAGAUUGUGCUUUCUAUCUUAAAACUGGAACUUGCAAAUUUGGAUUCAAUUGCAAGUUUAAUCACCCACUUGGUAGGAGGAAGAACCAGGUAUUAAUUAUUCUUCUGUUAAAGAGAAGGUUUGGGAAAGUGAAAACCAAAUUCAAUGCACGAACACGAUAA